ACUGUACCGUGCGUUAAGUUGCGUGAGUGCGCAGUGACGUCUCCGUCCCAGAAUGCAGUCUGGUAAACAGACAUGGACGCACCAGGUGAAGACCUCCACAGAGGCUGAGCACUGCACUCGCUCUUUCCCACCGUCUCCUGUCUUUUUCGCCCAGUGCAUCCAGUUGAUAUAUACCAGCCUGGUGUCACGGUCGAGUCUACGGCAUCCAGCGCCCUGCUUUCCUCUCAACUGUGUGUGGCAGCCAGCAAUCUCCCAAACUGAUGAGGAUCGACUGAUUGAGUUAAAAAUAAGUUCCUUGUUUCUUAUUUUACCGAGCGGAAAGAAUGUCGGAAAGGGCCGAGGAUGACGUCAGGGGGGAGCAGCGCCGAGCGGCCAGGCAGCAGCUGAAGCAGCAGCAGCAGCAGAUCCAGCGGGGAGAAGGCUCCACAGCAAUGGCGACUGUUGCGGAGCGGAGAUCAUUGCCUAGUCCAGAAAUAAUGCUGGGACAGCCUUGGAGCAGCUGGGUCGACGCCGCCAAACUCCACGGCAACGACGGUGCUGAAUCGGAGGAAAGUUUCAAAGACUUCGGGAAAAAUCGAGAAGCCAUGCGUUUGUGCAGAGAAGAUAUGCCCAUAUUUGGCCAGUGUCCCGCGCAGGACGACUUCUACCUGGUGAUGUGCAGCCACUGUGGUCACGUCGUGAAGCCACAAGCCUUCCAAGCACAUUAUGAGAGAAGACACAGUUCAGCCAAUAAAGCAGCCUCCACCUCGCCCUUCCCUCUGCCAGGCAGGAACCGGAGUGGCGGCAGCGGGCUUGGGCCUGGGCUGGGCUCGGGGUCUGUGGCAAGCGGAGGCAUCCUUAGCCGACCUUCCACUGCUGGUUCCAACUUACCCUCUGCUUUGUCAUCCUCCUCCAAUCCUAAACUCCUCAAACCAGCCAAAGAGAAGCUGCCAGGCACUCAGCGAAGACCCCCCUUUGCCCCUAUCAGGAUCCAGCCGGACAAGAUCCUCACCCCGGCUGUCAAGGUGGAGAAGAUCCAUCUGAGGGUGGACUCGUCAGCUAAGCUGGUGCAGGCUCCAUCUGCCCCCACCACCACCUCAUCCUCCUCUACAUCCUCCUCUAGCACCACUGUGAGCUCCAACACUACCGCCAUCACGACCUCCUCAUCAGUCCAUAAACCAAGCCUUAACUGUUCCACCGUACCAAAGCCUCCAUUACUGGCACCAGGCCAGAUUCCCAAUGGCAAGGGCCACCUCUCUGUCCUCUCAGACAAGAAGCAGGACAGCAGCAGCACCAGUAGCAGACGCCACCUUAAGAAACUGACAGAACGCGAGUUCAAUCCAGAUGCCCACUGUGGCGUUGUGGAUAUUACGUCUCGGAAACCCUGCACAAGAUCGCUAACAUGCAAGACACAUUCCUUAAGCCAACGGAGAGCGGUGCCAGGGAGAAGGAAGCGCUUUGACACAUUACUGGCGGAGCACAAGAACCGAGCAAGGGAGCGGGAGAGGGAGCGUGAACUCCACCAACCCCAUUCCCAGCAAACCCCCCCUCUCAGGGACCCACACCCCACCUCCCAUCUCACCGCUGGCCACGAUGCCCACCAGGUGGCUCAUGGCAACGGCCCUGCCCCAGAUGCCACUAAGCCUUUGACACUUGGAAAGUCCAAAUUUCACAGCCCUGGUCUUCCACGACUAAACAGUGGUCACGGAGGUGGUGCUUCCGGAGACCCUGCAGUAGUCCACGAGUCACUACACCAUCCCCAAACUACCCCCGAUGGUUUUUCCAGACCCUCCAGCGAUGAGGGUGAGAACGAGGAACGUGAGGACAACUCUGACAAACUGGACUGUCACUAUUCAGGUUAUCACCCUCGACCGGCAGCUUACUGUACGUUUGGAAGUCGACUGUUCGGGAGAGGCUGUUACUCCUUUGAGCGGCGAUGGGACAGAGUGCGAUGUGUCCUAACCACGAUGAUGGACAAGCAUGUCAACUCUCAGAUGUGGAAGAAAAUCCCCUUGGCCUUGGAGAACUCCUCCUCCGUUGCACCUACCCAUAGGACAAGCACAAAUUCCCACGGUAGCACUCCCUCGUCAGGCUUCCUGGGCCCCCCUGCCACCUUGUCCCAGACUCCUUAUAGCCAAUCCUACGAGGGCAAGUCAGUGCUCUCCUAUGGGACCACCUUAAAUGCCCGCAAUUCCCCACAGGGCGGUGCUGAGCACCCGGCCUAUGGCAACAUGCAGGCCCGACAAGUGUCUUCGUCGCCGCAGAUGCCUUCAGCCCACCUGUCCUCAUCCUCUUCUUCUUCAGCUCCUUCCUUAGCCUCAGGCCGGGCGCUUAAGUCCCGUUCCUCCAGCAGCAACACUACCAAGUCAUCUUCGUCCUUUAGGCCCAAGGAGAUCUCCGCCUCCUCUACUCCUGUCAUCCCAAACUCCACUAGCGGAGGAAGCUCUGGAGCUAACAGUAACAGUAGCAGCACCAGCUUCAGCUCGGGGAAGAAGAGGAAGAACAGCUCUGUCUUGUCUUCAUCCCAUAGCUCCUCUGAAUCCUCCUCUUCUAACGCCAACAUUUCUUCCUCCUCCUCCUCUUUCAAGAAGAACUGUGCAAAUGUCGGCAGCUCAGGGAGCACCUACCACCACGGCUCAUUAGGUCCAUCCUCAUCGUCAUUAUCCUCCUCUCACAGUGGAGUUCACAGCGUGGGGCUUAACUGUGGCCCUACCGUGCGGACCAACUCGCUUAGUCUCAAGGCCGAGCCUUCAGCGGGCGGCUCCUCUGGGCCGCCUGCGCGAGGUCCUCCCUCGGGCAGCCCCGCAGAGUCCAUCAAGCGUAUGAGUGUGGUAAUGAACAGCAGCGACUCAACCCUUUCCCUGGGGCCUUUUGUCCACCAUCAGUCCUCAUCCUCAUCUGACCACCACACCAGCUUUAGCCACCACUCCUCAGACGGGCGCUUGGAGGCCAAGAAGCGCAAAAGCUCUUCUGCCUCCGCUGGCAUUAACAGUGGAGGUGGGGGAGGAGGCCUCGGAGGAGGAGGAGGUGGGGGACCAGGUGGACCAGGUAGACCUAAAGUGGCCAAGUCUCCUGCCAUUAGCAACAUCCACGGGAAGCAUGGGCGGAGCAUUCCAGGGGCGCCGGGUCUACCCAACAACUCCCAUUUACAUCAGCCAAAGGCUCGUCCCUGACAGCGGUGUCUGGCUUCGGUGUAUGAAACUGGCAGGCGGGCGGGUAAUAGUCCGGAGCGGUCCGCUUGCUGCUCUGGUCUGCACGAGGCCUUCUAAAAUCAAACCCACAUUACUCUCAGCUUCCCACAAUCCUCAGGGUGGAGAUGAUCUGGGCUGCCCAGUGAAGUAGAUGUGGUCCUUACUAUUUCUCCCAAAGCCAUGUG